AAAAGGCGACUAAAAGGGAGAUGUAAUGGAGCGAGAAAAACGAAUGAAAGGAUUGUAAUGUCGAGAAAAAUAUGGUAUGAGAAAUCUGCUGUACUGACUGUAAUGUUGUUUUGGGCAUAUAGAGGAGCUAUCUCUCACAAACGCCGCCUUCCGAGUGAUUAUCAAAAAUUUUCCUGGAAAAAGGGUAGGACAACAUCCGGGAGGGAACCUUUAAUGAACGAAUGAACAUCAACUAUAGCUUUAUGCCAGCUUCAAAGCUAUAUGAAUUAGGUGUGUAAUAACAAUCAUAAUGAAUUUUUUGAUACGUGUCAAAACACUUGAAAACGUGUCACAAAAAUGUCGGUAAUUAAAUAUAGUUGAUUAGACUACAAAAUUUCAAGUUACAUAUUUAAAAUCGACUGUUUCCCGCCAUAAAAGUUCUGCAACAUCAUGAAUCAAAGUCUCCAUGAAUUUAAAAUUAAACAGUAUGAUAUUUGAAGCUAUUGAUUGACAUUGCGUACGAUAUGAGUACUUUCACGGAAAAUCCAUUUUUCUUUUUCGUGGAUAACGUGCCACCUAUUUCUCCUAACAAUCUAAAGAAUGCAAGAAGGAUUGUCGAACUGUCGGAUACCGGAUGUGACGCUAGGCUCUCAGUAUCAUCUCUUCUAAGAAAAGCUACACGGUAUUAUUCUUCGAAAUCUGCUAAAAUGAGGGCAAACGCAAAGUGGAGAUCUCGUUGCGAGGAAAGAUUAGGAAAUGGAGAAAGAUUUCGAGGACAAUACGAACAAAAUACGAUAAAUAACGAACAAUUAUACUUUAUGCCUGAAGAGGCUGAAACCAACAAGAAUCAUUGGCAAGAAUAUUCUACAUACGAAGAUAGGGAUUUUAGAAUGAAUUCAAGGAUAACACCGGAUAGAUUGCGUCACAAUACUAACCGUUAUGAGCACAUUUCAAAUAAUUUCGCAAAUCAUUCACAACUCCCUCGUUUCAAUUACUCUAGAAAUAAUUUUGGAAUUUACGAUCAAGAAACGUUUCAUAACAGAGGAGGAAGUAGGUUCAUGGAUUACCCGGAAGAUUUCAAAGAAACCCCGCGAAAUUUAAACGGUCACAAAGACCAUUGGCAAAGAGAUAAUAACGAAAAUAUCCGCACCAAAGUUUCUCAUGAUUCUUCUCGAUAUAAUUCGAGGGAAACAAUGACCAAUGAUCGUCGAAAAAGAACGCAACCUACUUCCAAAAUAUUUUACGAAAACGCAGAGAGCCAAUACGACAUUCAAACUUUUCAAAAUUCCGCCUGUAUGACGAGCAAAGAAGAAAUAUCGAAUCCCAGUCGAUCUACAGAAAAAAUUAAACAAUUUGUUGAUCGUGCGGUCGAUAAAGACAGUUUACCUGAUAUUUUAGACGAGUCCAAUAUAGCUACAGCGCCCUCUGUAGUCAAAGAUGAAGGAAAUCAAAUAAGAAACAGUUUCUGGGAAUUUAUUUCACUGGAGGAUGAUAAUGAUAAGAAAACUAAAAGACCUUCAUGGCCUUUGAAAACAAAACGUUUGACGAAAAGUGGGAGUACUGAUCCGAAAACCAAAAAACGAAUGGAACAAAGGAGUAUUCAGAAUAUUCCUUCUAAUAAUGUGGCUGAGGACGUUGUUGAGAACCUUACUGACAACAAUAAAGUUGGAAUGAAUUUUGUGGAGAAAACAAUGGCAUGUUUGAAACGUAAACUGGAUAAACCAAAGGUAGAGGAACCUUUGAGUCAAAGUUAUACCUUAUCGACGGAGAAAAAGAUUCGAUCCCAAGGAUCCACUCACUCCAGGCUGCCGGUAAGAAUUGGAGGGCGCCAUAGGUCAAAGAAUCCAGUUGCAAAGAUUCGAAGCAAUGUGAAAGGACAUACGGUUGAUGAAGAAGAAAAUAAAAAUACAGCUGGGUUGGAGCGAAAUUCAGUCAGAUCCCGGACCAAACCAAAGGAGAAACCAAGUGUCUUGCAAAAUGAAGACGUUGUGGGUCCUCUUGAAGCUGCAGAGUACUCCAAAUCAGUGGGACAUGUCCAGCAAACUACAGGUAUUAAUAGUUGUUUAGAUAGAAAUCAAAAAGGAGACGAGAAUUUCAUUGAAAAUAAUGUUAGUGACGAAUUGGAUGAUGAACAGUUAAUGAAGGAUGAAAAAUUGGAAGGUAAUGUUAAUAAUAAGGUAACUGGAGAUUCAACAAUUAUUAAUGUAACACGUGGGAAGAAAACAAUUAGAAGAAAUAGUCUAGCAAAAGAAAUAGAUAUUUCAAGAGAUGGUUUGAAAGAGAACUGUUUUUUCCAUUUACACGAUGAAGAUAAUAUUGUUUGUAAUUCUUAUUGCAAAACAGAUUGCAAGAAAUUAGAUUGUUUGGAAUCCAGGAAACCUACGGCAAUCAAAUCCCGAUUGUAAUUAGGUAAAUUGAAACAAUUAAUUAUAUCGUAAUGGAACAGUAUUUUUUUAUUAAAAGACGAAUAUUUAAAAAGCUGU